AUGAAGCGUCUAGGUCUUACCACACUCACGUCACCUGCUACAAACAAGAUCAAAAAGAUUUACUGGGAGCUAAGUCUCCACGACAUCACACUCUCGUUCUUAGCCACCGCGACGAAAGAAUUUGAAAGCAAAUGGCAGCACAAGAAGGGAGACUGUGCGCCAUACAUCAGCCGCGCUCACUACCGGGACGUCCAGGGCCAUUUCUACGCCGACAUUGUAGCUGAGGGCCUGAUGCAGAUCUGGAUCGCGAAAUGGCAAAGCGUGAUGCAGCUCCCUGCGUUGAAAGGAAUGAUUGUAAAGGGAGGGGCGUGGACACUUGUGUUGACAGAAUGUCAGAAAGGGAACGGGGGAAAUGAGCAGAGCAAGAAAAUGAGGCACGUCCUUCCCUUCGAACAAGUAGGAAAAGGAACGACUUGGUGUCGCCUCUCCCACCCUCACGGCGCUGACAGCCAGGCUCUCUGGAGCUGUUGCAUAAGCAAACUCGUCACCGCCUCCGUGAACGAGGUGCAUGAUCUGAUCCGGGGCCAGGUUCUCCGCCGUGGCUUGUAUGCAACGAUUGCUGAAUUGAAGGGGUUUUCUACACCCCCUUCCUCACCCCCACGCCGACUCCUACAACGCCAUAGACAGGGACCAGUCGGAGGGCAGGAAAAGCCGAAGCAGUCGUGGCCAGCAUGGCCCCGCCGCUCCAACCUCAGUGAAAGCAGUGACGUUCCUGGAAAAGCCCGCGAUGCACCACAAGAAUCGGAAUGGCGCACCCUCGGCUACAAACUACCUGACCUGGCCACAGUCGCUGGUCUCGGCACUAUGAAAUUCUCUGACUGGGUUCACGUCCGGGAGACUGAGCACGCACGGCCGCUUGGGAUGAAGGGAGAGGGGGUGGAGAUGUUUCACGGAGGUGGGAAUUGGGUUGGUGCGAAGCGCAAGAGGGUAGGCAGGGGAGAUAGGAGGGUCGUGGUUGAGAUGAAAGAUGACGGGGGAGGAAGAGAGGGGGAGAGGAGAGGCUGGCAGGCACGAGUGAGGGUAUGGGGUAAAGAUGGAAUGGAGGAGGACGAUGGGAUUAAGGAAGAGGAAGAACAGGAGGAGAAUGACACGGACGACGACAGUGAUAUCACAUCCCCUAGACGGGAGGAGUCUGAAGACAAGGAGGACGAUGACGACGAUGACGAACAUAACAUCGAGAUCAAAACCGAACACCCACAUCCCCACUCUUACCCACGCGCAUCCUCCUCAACCCCCUCCCUCCCAGCGUCCUCGACCCCCAACCCCAACCCCAACCCCUCCCCCAACCACAGAACAACAGUCAAGAUCGAAGCCCCUAGCUCCGCAAACCUCGCCCUCGAAGAAGAAAUCGAUACCGCGCCAUCCUCCCCCCUCUCCGCCGCGCCCAGCACAGACAUAGACGCGAGCUGGGGCCGCUGGGUAGAUAUCGAAGCGGGCCGCGGUAGCCCGUGGCGGAUCUAUUCAGAGAUGGGGACGAUUGGUUGGGAAGAGGCUAGCACAGGCCAGCGGGGGAGAGGAAAGGUGGAAGCAAGGUUGUCUAUCCUCCACGAUACUUUUCGACGGCGAGAACUCGCUGACGCGACAUCAAAAGCUUACGUUACACAACGCAUCAUUACCGACCUGUGA